CAAACCUCCUCCUUUGUUACAUCUCUCAUUCGAUUUCGAUUUCACCGCCAUGAGAGGUUUUCCAUCUCCCAAACUACGAUCAUCUUCGUCAACGAAGUUUCCAACCAGGGAUUCCAUCACAAGCGUCCCUCGAUCCGACGUCCGAAUCCCAGUCGGUGAGUCUCCCUUGAAUCCUCCUAAAAAAUCCCUUUUUUUUCGAGGUUCUAAAGCCUCUGAUGCAAUCCCAGACUCGAAAUCCCUCCUUUUCAACAAAAACCACGAAAAAUUUCCAAAAUUCAUUGACCCUGAUCGCCUUUGUGUUAUUCUCUCCCAAAAAGACUGGUUUUUGAUGCUCAACACUGAGUUUAAAUCGAUUGUGGCACAUCUCGGUCCUCAAUCUGUAGUUAGUGUCUUGCAAAAGCUGGAAAAUCCGUUGUUCUCACUCAAAUUCUAUAUCUGGGCUUCUAAUUUAGAUGAUAAAUUCGCCAAAGACCGAUUUGUUCGGAAAGUAUUGGUCGAGCUUUUAUGGAGGAAAGGUCCUGUGGUGCUUUCGGUGGAGCUGGUGAAUGAAAUCAGAAGUUCUACUUGUGGGAUUAUUACGGAGGAUUUGCUCAGCAUUUUGAUGUGUAGUUGGGGGAGAUUAGGGCUGGGUAGGUAUGCCAAUGAGGUGUUCGGCCAAAUGUCAUUUUUGGGUUUGAAGCCAACGACAAAGAUUUUCAAUGCUGUAAUUGACGCUUUGGUGAAAUCCAAUUCUCUUGACUUGGCUUAUUUCAAGUUCCAACAGAUGCCUUCGGAAAAUUGCUCGCCGGAUCGAUUCACUUACAAUAUACUUAUUCAUGGAGUUUGUAGGUUAGGCAUUGUGGGAGAAGCUCUUCGGUUAGUGAAACAGAUGGAGCGUCUGGGGCACACCCCUAAUGUGUUCACUUACACUAUGUUGGUGGAUGGUUUCUGCAAUGCUAAGAAGGUUGAUGAAGCAUUUAGAGUGUUGGAUAUGAUGGCUAGAAGGAAAGUUGCUCCUAGUGAUGCGACAUAUCGGUCUUUGAUCAAUGGUACAUUUCGGUGUUUGGAAACCCGGACGGCAUAUGAGAUGCUAUGUGGGCUUUUAGAACGGGAGACGGCUCUUCAUGAGCAUGCAUGUGGAACAUUGUUGCAUUGCCUUUCAAUGAAUGGAAUGGGUGGAGAGGCAAUAGAUUUCAUACGCAGGAUGAGCGUGAAGAGUUAUUUGCCAGACACAACAGUGUUUGGUGUUGUGAUUGCUUGUGCUGUGAAGAAUCUGGGAUGUGCAGAGGUUUGUGAGUUAAUGGAUGAUUUUGUUGGAAGAGGUGGCAGACCUGGAUUCAACACAUACCUCACAAUUAUUACCUACUUGUUACAGGAGCGGAAGCUCACUGAAGCAGAUCGGUUUGUCAACAGAAUGGUUUUGGAUGAACUAGUGUGCAGUGUGGUAUCGUAUAAUAUGUUAAUUGAUUGCUUUGUCAAAGCUGAAAUAAUGGAAAUAGCUAUGGGGGUUUUCAAAGAAAUGCUCAAGAAGGGAUUUCUUCCAAACCUGGUUACCUAUAACACACUCAUUAGCGGGCAUUCUAAGGUAGGGGAUGUAAACAUGGCAAGGGAUGUUUUAAAGAUGCUCUUAGAGCAUGGAUUCAAACCGGAUGUCUUUACCUUUAGCUCGAUAAUAGAUGGUCUCUGUCGUGUCUACCAGAUUGAUGAUGCUUUUGACUGCUUCCAUGAGAUGGCAGAGUGGGGUGUGCCUCCAAAUGCAGUCACAUAUAACAUACUGAUCCGUUCCCUGUGCAUUGUUGGUGAUGUACACAAGUCGAUGAAGCUAUUAAAAAUGAUGAGAGAGGCAGGGAUUGAUCCUGAUGUUUACUCUUUCAAUGCACUCAUUUUAAACUUUUGUAAGACGAAGAAAAUGGACAAGGCACAGAACUUGUUUGAUUCGAUGUUGAGACUUGGUGUGGUACCAGACAGAUAUACCUACAAUGCUAUCAUCGAAGCUUUGUGUGAUGCGCAUAAAAUCGAAGAGGCAAAAGAAACUCUGCUGACAAUGGAAGCUAACGAUUGUGCUCCUGAUUUGCAUCCGUAUAGCUUGAUUAUCAAUGCACUGUCUUAUAUGGGACGCUUCCAAGAAGCACAGGAGUUAGUUAGCGAAUGUGAAGGGAGGGGAAUAUCUGUAGACUCUCUUCCUACUAUAAAGAUUGAACCCAAAAUUGAAAAGGUUGUCAACAGUUGACUUUGCUCAUUGCAUAGGUGAAUGGUAUUCCAACACACUUAAUUCUUGCAGGGUGAUUCACCAGAAAUUUAAUUACCCUAUUUGUGGAAGGCCUGAGUAUCAAACAAAUCUUGAAGGAGGGAAAUUUAUGUAACACCUAUCUGACAGUUGAGCCUGAAAUCAAUCUAUCGUGUUGAUGAAGAUCAUUUCUAGAUGGGGUUGUUAUUAUUGUGUGUGGCAUUUGGUUAUUUUUUAAAAAUAAUUAUACGAUGAACUGAAAGGCAAACUUGACAAGAAAAGAAAUUGUUACAUAAGGCAAUGUGGAGAUCUGGAUUAUGCAAUUUUUGGCUUCAGCUUUUUACAGCAUUCUGUACUAAAGAAAUGAUUUGGCUAUGGAAUGAUAGACUUUUAAGGAGUGUUGCCAAUUGUAGAGAAAGCUGUGACUUUGGAUUCUUUCCAUUCAUUAUCAAGAAAAACUCAUUUUUCUUUUUGGUGAGAUGAUAUGAUGAUAAAGGAGCUCAGCUGCGAUGCGGGAAUGGGGAUGUUCAGAGCUUCAUUUUGUUUGUUGAUUAUGAGUGUGUGAAUUAAUCAAACAACACGGAAUAUAAAACAAAGCGGGAAUUGGAUGUUCAAAACUUAAUUUUGUUUGUGGAUUAUGAGAGUGUGAAUGAAUCAAACAACAUGUCAAUGUUCAACCAAUGCAGCCUUGAUGGACUGAUGAUGGAAAUUGAACUACAUUGUUAGAAAUGUCUCUGUAGAUGGUCAAUCUAAAGGAUAGAAAAAAGAGAUCAUCAAAUCAACAUCACUGGCCAAUGUGUUGCCUCCCAAACUCUACUUGUUCAAAUAUUGACGUUUCACUCACCCUUG